CCUCCCGCCCCCAAGCCAAUACUGCCAAUAGUAUGGGUCCUCGGAGGCCCGGGGGUCGGUAAAGGCGCACAAUGCCACAAGAUCGCAGCCAAGUAUGGCUUCACACAUCUCUCCACGGGAGACCUGCUUCGCGCCGAGGUGAAGACAGGCUCUGAUCUUGGGAAGAGCAUUGCUGGAUACAUCAAACGUGGUGAUCUGGUGCCCAACGAUGCGGUCCUACACGUUCUCAAAGAGGCCAUCGACGAGAACAAGGCGCACGCCAAAGGCUUUCUCAUCGACGGAUACCCGCGAGAGAAAUAUCAGGGCAAGGCAUUUGAGAAAACCAUAUCACCCGCCAAUACAAUACUAUACUUCGAUGCGUCACUGGACACGUUGAGGAAGCGAAUCCUGCACCGCGCAGCCACCGCCACGGAGAGGCGUCUCGACGACACGGAGGAAGCCAUUCAGAUCAGAUUCAAGAAUUUCAUGGAAAACAAUGAUCGAGUGCUGAAUCAGUACCCGGAUAAGUUCAAUAAGAUAAACGCCGAGAGAACAAUUGAUGAGGUUUUCAAAGACGUGGUAGGAAUUCUGGACCCGAUACUGUCUCUGCAGCGCGCUUAAUAUUCCG